GCGCGCGGGGGCCUGCAGGCCGUGGGCGCCCCCGUGCCGUCCCGCCCCGAGGCUGGCGCUCGUGCUGGCCCCGCCCAGCCCAGGGUCGGAACUAGGGUGGGCCUGGGAGGGGGCGUCGAGCUGCUGGCGACAUAUCCCUCCGCCCUCUUCCCGACAGCCUCGCGCGGCGCCGGGCUCCUGCCGCAGCCUGCGCAGCCCCUGGCUGGUUUGGUGCAGAGGCGCGGGGGGCGCUGGCGUCUGUGCUCUUCUGGUGGCACGGACAACUGGGAAGGCCAGGAGAGCGAGGAGCGGCAACAGGAGGAAGGGCAGGCUGCAGCCCGGGCCUGGAGCCCGUGCAGGCAAAAGAUAUUUCUUUGCUGCAAAGGAGAUCUUUCUGGAUCGGAAGCUGACACACGUGAUGAGGUUCUCAUAGGAAUCUGUAGGUAGCUGUUCAUUUGGAAGUGGAUUAAGAAAGAACAAAGCUGUUCAUUUGGAUCUAAGGUUCAUCUUCACUGGUGGCUGUACUAGCUUUGGAUAAGCUGAAGAUCAUCAACUUCAAUAGGUCUGCGCUGACAAACCAUCAUCCUCUUCCUGCCUGAGUGUGCCUCUGACCUCUGUAUCAUUGAUGGAGUUUAUGUUUAGAAAAGGGACUGUGUGACUGCUGAAUUGUCAAGUAACUGUAACCCUGCUACUACAUUUAUCCUUGACUUAAAGAGUGUUAAGACACAUACCUGAGGCCAACACUGCACAGGGCUUCAGCCAUGCCUGGGAGUAAGAAAAAGAUGAAAGCCCAAGCCAAAAAUGAAAAAAAGGCUGGUGCACAGGCUAAAACUCGAGCAGAGAAGGAAGCUGCUUGUGUGGGAAUACCAGCAGCUAAAAGUCGGGCCAAAGGAAAAGCCAAGGCAGGCUGUAAAACAUUGGCUGAGUUGAAGGCAAUAUCUAAGAACAGGGCUGUUGCUGAGUUGAAGGAAGGAGCUCUGUCAGAGCCCAAGGCUGCAGCCAAAGCAGUGGUAGAUUGUCCAACCAAAGGAGGGGCCAGUGGUUCAGGAAAAGGAGGGGCCAAUGGCCCAGGUAAAGGAGGGGCCAGUGGUCGAGGUAAAGCAGGGUCCAGUGGUCCAGGUAAAGCAGGGUCCAGUGGUCCAGGUAAAGGAGGGUCCAGUGGUCCAGCCAAAGGAGGGGCCAGUGGUCCAACCAAAGGAGGGGCCAGUGGUCCAGGUAAAGCAGGGGCCAGUGGUUCAGCCAAAGGAGGGGCCAGUGGUCCAGCCAAAGGAGGGGCCAGUGGUCCAGCCAAAGGAGGAGUCAGUGGUCCAGCCAAAGCAGUGACAGAUUAUAGUCCCAAGGCUAAAUAUGAUAACAUCCGCUCUACAGAUAAAAAUGAGACUGGUACUGAUACCUGGCUUUGGGCUGGGGAGGAGGACGGAAUCAGCACUUUGUUCUGGAAUGGAGAAGAGGCAGGCAAUCGUUCCAAAGCUAAGAGUGAAAAGAAAGCUAAUAUUGGUUCUCGGGUUAAAGAGUCAGAGUCAAUGCCUGGGCCCAGCUGCAAGCUUGGAUCAAGGACUGAGGAUGAUGAAGAAGAAACUGUUAUUGGGAACUGGUUUUGGGAAGGAGAUGAUAACAGUUUUGACCUUGAUCCUAAACCUGUGUGCCGGAUAAUUAAACCCCAGCCUGUGGAUGAAAUUAAUGAAAAAAACAGGCCCAAGGACUGGUCUGAGGUCACAAUCUGGCCUAAAGCCCCUGCUGUAACUCCAGCAGUGUUAGGAUUUAGAUCCAAGGCUCCAUCUGAAACAAAGGGUUCUUCAUAUGUUGUUCUGGCCUCGGCUGAGGAAAAUACCCAUUCUUUGCCUGCUGCAACACCCAGCUCUUCUAGAAGUGCUCGAUUCAACUCACAAAGUGUCCCUGAGUACCCAUUUGGUUCUGAGCCUUGCAUUCAGACCAUAGAUGAGAUAAGGCGUCAAAUCAAGAUCAGAGAGGUAAAUGGCAUUAAGCCAUUUGCUUGCCAUUGCAAAAUGGAAUGCUAUAUGAAUUCUGAGGAAUUUGAAAAGCUUGUUAGCAUACUGAAGUCAACUACUGAUCCUCUCAUUCAUAAAAUAGCGCAGAUCGCAAUGGGGAUCCAUAAGGUUCAUCCUUUUGCCCAAGAAUUCAUUAAUGAGGUGGGUGUAGUGACUCUUAUUGAAAGUUUGCUCAGUUUUCCUUCCCCUGACAUGAGAACAAACACUGUAAUUACUCUGAAUCCUCCUUCAGGGGAUGAAAGACAGCACAAGGUUGAAGUACAUGUUAAGCAUAUGUGUAAGGAAACUGUAGCUUUUCCCUUGAAUUCACCUGGGCAGCAGUCUGGAUUAAAGAUACUGGGGCAACUGACUACUGAGCCUGUGCAUCACUAUAUUGUUGCCAAUUACUUUUCAGAGCUUUUCAAUUUACUUUCCCAGGGAAAUCGUAAAACCAGAAAUCUUGUUCUGAAACUACUUUUGAAUAUGUCUGAAAAUCCAUCCGCAGCCAGAGACAUGAUCAAUGUGCAGGCAUUGACAGCGUUAAAACUCAUCUUUAACCAGAACGAGGCAAAAGCCAAUCUUGUUACUGCUGUGGCCAUAUUUAUUAACAUAAAGGAGCAUAUCAGGAAGGGCUCGAUUGUAGUUGUUGAUCACCUAAGUUAUAAUACACUUACAGAUAUUUUCCGUGAAGUUAAAGGAAUUAUUGAAGCAAUGUAAACUCAGAAAGAAAUACAGAGAGCACUUUGAACCCCAGUUUCCCAAGUGUCGCACUGUACAUUCCUAAAGAACCUUGUAUAGUGUUUUGGUCAUUGCAGUGUGAACAUUAUACAUUACAUCUUUAACACGAUGCUCCCCGUGGGCUGGUUCUAGGUUUGAACUAUCAAGUGAAUAUUAUAUCUUGAGCUGAAGAUGUUUGUUGAGCUUUGUCUUGUCUGAAUUGGCAAAUUGUUAACAUUUUACCUAAGACAGUGAAUCAGGUCACAUGUGUAAGCUACCUUGUUCAUUUGUGUCUACAUAGGUCCAUUUGUGAUUUCCACUGUCAGCAAAGAAAUUAUCUUCGACUUUGUUCUCUAAUUAGAGAAGCAAGGCAUAUACACAUAGACAAGUAACUAACAGUACCUGGAGUGUGCAUCCAUUUUCUAGUUGCUGCAUGUGUCCUCUUGACACAUAAAGGAGGCAGAGGUUGUUAUAGACCACUUAAAAGAGGAACUGUUUUCCCCUAUUUUAGCUGCAUCAGGUAUUUAUUUUACAACACAGGAAUUACCCUGAAACUCAAAAAAAGAAUGUUCAUUUUUUUUUUUCACUGCUAAAACUUUGCUUAAAUAGUCAUUUACAGUAAAGUCUUCCUGUAAAAGAUGACUUUUCAGAACUUUUCAGGAGAUGGGUUUAGGGAGAAAAUAUUUCUCUAGUAUGCACUUUGCCACACACUGUGUUGUACUAUACUAAUUUAUCCCCUAUUGCAGUGAUUUCUGUGAGCUAAGGUGUCAUAUUUGUAUCAAAACUCAUUUUGAAGAAUACCUUCCAGUGAGAAAUGGAGAGGAUAGUUUUUCCUUGAGUCCCACAGCAGGCAAGUGCUUUCUUAGCCAUCAGAACCCAUCUCACUUCAGUACCUUUUAGUAUACUCUUAGAUAUUCACCUUCAAAAGAUCAGACUUUUGGUUUUGGUUUUAGUGGUUUAAUUUUGUGUUGAGUAAUGUCCCUGCCAAGUUUUGCCAUUAACCGCCUCCAAGGGCUAUCUAUUAGGCAUUUAUAUCUGGCUGGAGGUGAGGAGAAAAGUCUGACACGAAUGUAUGGACUUUACCUGACAAUGUCUGGGAAGUGGUAGGUGUAGGAAACUUGGCAGAAUUAAUGAGAUGUCAUUUUGCAGGCAUCAGCAAGUGAAGCUUGCAAUAUAUCCCCCCUACCUUUUUCUGCCCAUAUUUACUUUAUCUUUCAAAGAGCUGGAAUCAUUCCAUACAUUAUUUUCUAUCCUACAUUUUAAAAGGUAAUUGCCUUCUUCAUAAAAGUUACACCUUCACUUCCUUUUACCAUGUGUAAUUUACUGUCUUGUGUGUCAUAAAAAAGGCCAAAAGCCUCUAUAUUUUACAAUUAGGCUACUCAAUUUCUGCACUUGUAACAUCUAAAAUUAUGUAGAAUGACCUUAAGACAUUUGAACCCAGAAUGGUAGCUUCAAGAACUGAAUAUGAACCUAGGAGAGAGGGUGCUGUCUUAACCUACAAUAUAGUGAUUCCUGAAAGUAUUAAAGUCCAGAAAGUAUUCCCGGGACCUUUGGGUUAUGGCUGAGUUUUCUAAGAUUCCUGUUAGAAAUUGCAACCGCUGGUCUAAGCUGAAAAUGGUCUAUGAAAAUGUCAAGUUAUAUGCUUUGAGAUUUUUGGACAGCUAAGAAACUAAAGCAAAAUCAUUUGUAAAUACUGUUUGAAUUUUGUAUCCCCCCUCAACUGUAUUUUGUGAACAUCCUUCAAUGGCAGUAAAUACACUUCCGCAACAUAUAUUUUAAGCAGUACUUUUUGUAAUGUUAACAAUUGGUGUAUAGUGUUGUAAUUUUUCAUUCAUAUUUUCUUGAUAUUUAAUAUGUACAAAUUUAUUCUUCUACGAAAAUGAGUAUAGGAUUCUGCAACUUGCCUUUUGCUUUUAACAGUUAUCUUUCUGAUUUAGUAUUAUGUAAAUCUACAGUGUGCUUUUUUAUCAGCUUUAUUGGUAUUUAUUGUGAUACAUCUAUUAAUAUUUAUUGACAUGUUAGGCUGCAUAAAGUGUACAAUUUGAUAAGUUUUGACAUAUAUGUAUUCAUUAAAUUGUAAACAGUCUAAAUAGUGAACAUAUCUAUCAGUCGAGAGGCAUCUGAAUGCCUCUUUGUAGUCUUUCCCUUCUACCCUUCCUUGUGUUCCCUUACUUCCAGACAACGAGUGAAAUUCUUUCUCAUAACACAUGGAGAAUAUACAGUCAUCAUUAUUUUUGUAAGUUAUCUAAGUAAAGUUAUAUUGCAUGUGCUGUUUGGGACAGGGAUCUCACAUGGCUUAUUCGUAAUUAUGUGAUAUCCAGAAUUUGUGUCUCAAAAUUCCAUUGCAACUUGUUGACAAGUUAUAUUCUGUGUAGUUUUUCUGUAGUUUAUAUAUCCCUUCAUUUGUUGAUGAACAUUUGAGUUGUUCAGUUUUGUGCUGUUACAAAUAAAGAUACUGUGAGCAUU